GUGUAUACUCAUAGAUGGCAGCAUCAAAUAACUCCUGUUAACCGCAUAACCUUACGUUGUGUUUUAAAUAUAUAAGGAAACAAGUGAGCUAAUUAAAAAAUAACACAAUGCCACGAAUGCCAUUGCACCCCGCUGUGGGAACAGGAAAAAUAAAUCCUUUCGCUAAAAAAGUCAUCAGAUUUGUUAGAUAUGGCUGUACUAAUAGACCUUUCUAUCACAUUGUUGUCAUGGAGGCCUAUAAAGGGCAACGCCAACCUCCAACAGAACAGUUAGGCUCUUAUGAUUCUCGAGUAAAUGUACAUAACGAAAGACUAGUAGCAUUCAAUUUUGAAAGGAUACGUUACUGGCUUGGAAGAGGAGCUCAACCAACAAAAUCAGUUGCAGAAUUAUUAGGACUUGCUGGAUUCUUUCCAAUUCAUCCUAGAUCCUACAUGACAGCAUGGAGGCACAGAAGAUUAAAUGACAAGCAAGCAGCACAAGCUAAAGAUGCUGAAGAGGAAUCAAAAGAAGCAUCGCAGACUUCUUAGAUAAUUCAAUUGAUUAAAUCACAAUAGAUUCUCGUCAUUUUUAAUAAUCCUCUAUGUAGAUAAUAUGCUUUCAUUUGUAAAUAAAAGCUCCAUACUUGGAGACAAAGACUUUGACUGUAA